AUGAAGCUAGCAUUUCAAGUCAUGUGGAUCGUCAUCAUUUUAUCAUCUGUAACACAACAAAUAUUAACAGCGAGCUAUUCACUGCAGAGAAGACAGAAGCGAUUGAUGCCUUAUGAUUGCGACUCUAGCGAUCAAAGAGAGGUUCCUAGAAGUCACCACAAGCCGAGUAAAGCUAUCAACUCGAAGUCACGCGGUACGGGAAUUGCAGUGAAGGCAGCUCAGGAAGCAAAGCAGGCCAACGAUGACAUGGCCAAUGCAGUGAAGCAGGCAUCGGAUCGGAUUAAGCUCGAGUAUGCAGAAAAAGCAGCUUCAGCAGCCAAAGCAGCCGAAGCUGUGCUCUCAGGAAAGUUUCAAGUAUUGGAACAACUCGAGAUGGAAGUUCGUGAAGCAGAGAUUGUUGUUCAGGAAGAAACACUAGAACUGAGCUCAGCUGAAGCCAACAGCCAACUCGCUUUGAAAGCCCAUCAGCAAGCUCAGGACGAGCUCAAGCUGCUGCAAACUGGUCUCAAGCUAGCCAGGGAGAACUUUUGCAGUGCCGAGCAUGUGUCGGCUGCCUGUCAACAGUCCAUGGCUGAGAAGACAACGCUCAUGGAUACCGCCCAGAAGAGAGUUGGUCUGUUGUUGCGUCAACUGAGCGAAGCUCGAGGCGAUUAUGCAAAGACCAAGAAGGCGGCUUACAGAGCAUUGUGCGCUGCCAAUGAGGCGAAGCAAAGGAUCCAGCAUACAAACACCGUGAACUAAACAUUGGAGAGUGCUAAUAAAUAUUUAUAUUUAU